AUGGCGGAAUCAUCGAGCUCCGGGCUCCACCGCAUGCUGCACUCCAUUGGGAAAUGCGCGGGACAUUCGGGUUUUCGCGAGUGGACGAUAAAGCUUCGACAAGCAAUCAUCCUCCACGCGCCGGAGCUUCUCCCCGUCCUCGACGGAAACGCGCGUCCUUCGGCGACCGCGGCGAACGCGGAGGAUGUGGUCGCGUGGGACAAGGCCAACGGUCGCCUGUUCUCCCACCUCUUCUUUGUGACCUCCGGGUCUGCGCAGCUCACUGUCCGCACUCACGAAGGGGCGGCGGAUAGUGACAUGGGGGAUGGGACGGCGGCCUGGACAGCAUUCAACGAGCGUUUCGAUGCUCAAACCCAGGAAGCUCGGCGUGCGUGUCACAACGAGCUAUUCAACCUGGACACCUUGCGGGCGGAAGUGUCGGACCCAGUCUACCUAGACAUCAUGCUCUCAGGCCUGAGCAAGGCCCCGGAGUUCAAUCUCCAGGCGACGGCUAACCGCUUUUUUGUGGAUCAGCAGUCGCGCAACGCGUCGGGCCCCGUGGUCUCGGGCCGGGGGGCUGCGAUGGCGGUCGCUUUCGACACCGACCAGUGCCGCCGAUGCAAGACGUACGGACACUUCCAGCGCGAUUGUCCCCAACAGAUCCAAAAGAGCCGUCCUAGGCAGGGCAAGAAGAAGGGAGCCAACAAGCGAGGAAGUGGUGGGAGUGCACAGCCAAAGUGGUGCUCCUACCACAACACCAAGGCACACAGCGAUGCUGAGUGCGAGGAGCAAAAGGAGAUCAGGGAAAACAAGCAAAAGGAGCUUGAAGGGUUGGCGGCGAACCUGGCGCUCCUGCAGUCAGCUGGCCAUGCCAACUUUGUGNCCAACAAGCGAGGAAGUGGUGGGAGUGCACAGCCAAAGUGGUGCUCCUACCACAACACCAAGGCACACAGCGAUGCUGAGUGCGAGGAGCAAAAGGAGAUCAGGGAAAACAAGCAAAAGGAGCUUGAAGGGUUGGCGGCGAACCUGGCGCUCCUGCAGUCAGCUGGCCAUGCCAACUUUGUGCAACUCUCCAAUAUCGGGAGUGCUCACCUGGCGCAAUCGUCUCCGGCGGUGGCGCAACAGGCUCCGUCAGAGCCGACUUCAUUCGGGUUCUCCUUCAACGCCCUCGGAACUUCCUUGGCGGAGGCAACCUCGUCGUCUGCCUUUUCCCAGCCACCUCUGGCGGCGUCUGCCGCCACACAGGCGGCACCUGCAUCUGCCUCAUCAACGCCGAGUGCGCAGGAACGCCGACUGCCUUCAGGGUUCUUCGGUGCGUUCAUGGCGACUCAUGCAGACUUGUCGCUUGCUCCUUUUCGCUCCGACGGAUCGUCCAUCCGAAUGGUUAUAGACAGUGUAGCGGCAGAUAGCUACCUCAACCCUGAGCUUGCACCAGGAUUGCGGGCUCACAUGCGCGACGUCGAACACCUUCGGGUCCCACACACGAUCGUCGCCGCGGGCCACCAUGUCCUCAAAGGGGCUGCGACGGGGACUAUCUUCGGCGCCGUCACGGACGACAAUGGGAACGACCAGCUCGUCUCAUUUCGCGUCAUCUUGGUACCAGGGCUUGGCACCAACCUCUUCUCCGUGACAUUGGCGAUGCUAAACNCGCGACGUCGAACACCUUCGGGGGCUGCGACGGGGACUAUCUUCGGCGCCGUCACGGACGACAAUGGGAACGACCAGCUCGUCUCAUUUCGCGUCAUCUUGGUACCAGGGCUUGGCACCAACCUCUUCUCCGUGACAUUGGCGAUGCUAAACGGGGUGGCGACGUUGUUUCAUCCGGACAAUCCCAGGUUGGAGUCGGGGGACGUGGUUAUCCCGACGCAAACCCUCGGGGUGAACGCCAAGACCGGAAAACGCAUCUACUCCAUCGAGGUGAAGCUAGGGGGUGAACCUGGGGGGCCGACGGUCCUUGAAGGCGCGCCUGAUGCCCUCGCCUUGAAGGUGGAGUCCGCUGAUCUCUUGGCACUGGCGCGUGGGGCACAUCAAAUUCAGGAGCUUGGACGUUCUAAGGAAAGAGCCGGUCAACGGCGUCGACUACACCGGAGACGUGAAGGACUGUAG